CUCUGGCCCAUGGGCCCCAGUACACACUCAAUGGAUACCCACCCUCGGUGUAAGUUGAUGAAUCUAAGUGAGAGUCUACGGAUCUGUGUAGGGUUACGGGCUUUGGUUGGUGCUUGUACAUUACUGUACUACCAACACGGGCCCAUUGGUUAGCCACGGUUUGGCUACGUACAAUUUCGAAAGAAGUUCAACGAACGUGCAUGGUAGAGGUCUUGUUGGGGUGAUGCGCACGUGCUCGGGGUCACACGGGUCUCCCCGCGUACCCACAAGCCUCUGCUCUCGCUUGAUAUCGGCUGACGGCGUAUGCCUCCCGUCCGUGCGGACGCCCAGGCCCGGCACCGGCGGCGGAGGAGGAGGAGGAGGCGGCGACGCGCUCCGUGCAUGAGCUUCUCCGUGCGCUUCCCGCGGGCCCCGCCGUGGGUCCUCGCCGAUGCCACCGUGUCGCUGAGGGCCCCUUCGGAGUACGGGGCCACGGGCACCGUAGAGAUCGUCGCCAACGCUCGGACCGAGGUUGGCCAGGGGUUCCACGUCUCUGAGCCCAAGCCGAUGGUGAGCUCUUUGGCCACGCACGGCAACCCGGACCUGGCGAGGCCCGUGGCCAUCAAGCUGUCAUGGCCCCACCCCCAUUGCGACGACCGGCACGGCGAGCUCCUCACGUCCGGCGCCAGGCCGGUCGCCUCUCCGCGGCAGUCGACGCGCUCCAAAGCUCAAGAACCAAACGAGGCGACGGCGGCCGGGCUGUCCAGAGCCGCCACCUCGGGGUCAUGCCACGGUGAGGCCCGGCUCGGGCUCCAGCCUCCUGCGGUGCCGACAACCGUUUUCCAGGCGGCCGACCCACGGAGGGCGAGGGGCGCAUCGGCGUCGGACUCGAGCCGUGACCGCGAGACGCCGCCGCCGCUGCUGCUGAUGCCGCAUCAGCUGACGGUGGAGCUGCCGAUGCCGCCCUUCGUCGAGUUCUCUUCUUCUUCCUGCUCCUCGUGGUCGACCGUUGGGGGUUUAUGUCGUCUGCCGCGACGGCCGUCGGCGCUGGGUGGCGGCACGGGGGACACGAGCCGGGACACGAGCCGGGACACGAGCCGGGACACGAGCCGGGACACGAGCCGGGACACGAGCCGGGACACGAGCCGGGACACGAGCCGGGACACGAGCCGGGACACGAGCCGGGACACGAGCCGGGACACGAGCCGGGACACGAGCCGGGACACGAGCCGGGAGGAGCUGCGCUCCGCCGUGCCUUGCGAGCCGAGGCCGGUGACCCCGCCGACCCUCCUCACGCCGUGGGAUUUUGAGCUGGGCCCACGCGCGCCCACUCGACUUGUCAUCCCGCCGACCCCGCCGCCGCAGCCGUCUGUGCUGACUCAAUCCCAGCUGCAGGACACGCUGCUCUACCUGCUGCAGAACGACGACGAAUUUGUGGACAGAAUCCACCGCGCUUACCUGCACCGCUCCUCUGGCGCCGCGUCGCGAGACGCCCACCCCCAGUGCCUUCCGCGUUGAGCGGCACCCUAGAGGCUCCACACCCACGGCGACGCAAAAUCAACCCGGAGGUGGUGGUCGUGACGGCUCCAGCGUUACGCAACGCCGAACCGUGCGGCCUUACCACCACCACCGCCAGCAGCGGCAGCAGCAGCGGGGGCGGCGAUUUUCAAUUUGAACAGCAUCUCGGCGCAGCUGCUUGCCGCAGGACUACGUUGCGGUAGAAGCGGCAGCGAGGUCAGGCCAGGGGAGCACGGGGCACCAGCCCAGGACCAUACAAACACAGACCCUAGCAACAACGACAACGAGCCAAAGUGACCGUCAGGGCAGCCGGCGUAGCCAGGGCAGCACCUAAGCACCCCAGGCUACGCUGGCACCCACCCACUUGCCAAAGAGUCCCCAGGCGGGACCCAAAGUGCCUUGAACACGGAGUGGGGGGGGGCACCCACCCUUCACCUGUGCCGGCUCACCUGGGUCCAGCCGCGUUGUUGAUUGGGUGUCCAGGGAUGGUUUAUGUUAUUUGUUGUGUGCCAAAGUUUUAGCGAAAUAACCAUCACAGCCACGUUAGGGUGCUGGAGGCCCCGUGGUGGCUGCGUCGGGGGGAAACGCCGAGCCGGUACCGCUGACAAUCCUGGGUUUGAGUCCGGGUUUCAGCCGGUGAUUCGACCGGAAUUCUCAAGUGCAGUGGGCGAGUUUUGACUGUCUUCAGCCCGGUCACCAAAGACUACGCGAAAAACCUUUCUCGCGUUAAUAGCCCAGCCGCUUGAGAGGUUUGAAAACGUAAGUUUUUUUUUGGACAUUUUUCUUUUGGCAAGGUCUGUGCAAGUGAAAAAGAAUGUGGCCCCAUCGUGGGCGGAUAAAGAGACACCAAAAGAAGCGGCUCCUUCGGAAGAAGUUCCGCGACGUCCUCUUCCGGCGCCGGGCGUCGUCGUCCGCCGCUCGCUGUGAUGAGGUGGGGGCGGGGGCGGUGGGGACCUUGUGGAACGCGCCCUCGAUCUGAACGUCUCGGUUGGGUCACCGUCGUGACGUUUGCCGAGGGGAGUUGCCGGGUCGGCUCCAGGUUACGUGGACGCUUCCCCCGCGCGCCCCCACGCCUCUGCCCCCGCACCUGGCCGAUUUCGAUUUAUUUGGACCCCUCUUCCCACUUUGGCAAGCGGCGAUUACGCUCGUCUA